GAUCAGGUAUGAAGCUAAAACGCAGUUUAAUAACCUCAUGCAUGAGUUUCGUCACUCUGGACGUGGUUGCUUUUAGGCACGAAGCAUUGAAGCAGUUAAGAUUGAUAAGGGGAACAACUCGUACAUUUCUGUUUUUUAUUACGAUAAUAUACCAUUAUUUUAUAAUAGAACAUGUCCGAUAAUUCCGAAGAUGAAUUGAAUUGUGUCGAUGGUGUCGAGGAAACACCCUGGAUUUUGUAUAGAAACCGAGAUGAGUGGAGCGAUGUGACCCCUCUACCUCAGGAUGACGGUCCUCAUCCGAUUGUAGCAAUCGCAUAUUCCGAAAAGUUCAAAGAUGCCUACGAUUAUUUCCGUGCCAUUCUAAAGUCAGGCGAAAAGUCAGAUCGCGCAUUGGCUUUAACCGAGGAUUGUACAUGGCUUAAUCCGGCGAAUUACACUGUAUGGCAGUACAGAAGAGAGAUACUUCAAGCUUUGGGAAAAGACUUGCAUGAUGAGCUGAAAUAUACAGACAAAAUGAUAAAGUACAAUUCUAAAAAUUAUCAAGUAUGGCACCACAGAAAGGUCAUUGUUGAGUGGCUACAAGAUCCUAGUGAUGAAUUAGCAUUUACAGAAACUAUUUUAUGUAAAGAUGCAAAGAAUUAUCAUGCGUGGCAGCAUCGUCAGUGGUGUAUACAAACAUUUAAUUUAUAUGACAAAGAAUUGGAAUAUGUAGAACAAUUGUUAAAGAAUGAUGUUCGCAAUAAUUCUGCUUGGAAUCAGCGUUACUUUGUGAUAAGUAAUACAACCAAGUUUGAGAAAGAAGUAAUAGACAAAGAGAUUGACUUUGCACUGGAGAAGAUAGAAUUAGCGAACGAAAAUGAGAGUGCUUGGAAUUACUUGAGAGGAGUAUUGUUACAUGAUCCCAAUGGUUUGGGUUACAAUGAGAAAGUACGACUUAAAUGCUAUAGGAUGUAUGAAAGCGGAUGUCGUACUAAUCAUUUGUUAGCCUGUAUGAUAGAUAUUUCUCAAGAAACGUUUACAACAGAAGAAUUCAUACUUUCUCCAUAUUUUGUUGAUUCUGCUAUUGGGUUGUGUAAAGCAUUGUCGAAGAAGCACGACAAAAUACGAAGGCGGUAUUGGGAUUAUAUAGCUACGGUAUUACAGGACAAAAUGAAUGAAGAGUUAGAAUCAGAUUAAUCAGAUUGACUCGAUUAAGGGCUAAGAAAAUCUUAUAGUGUGAGUUGUUUAAAAAGUUUUAGAGAAUGUUUUUAUACAUCAGCCUGUCUGGUUGAUGUCUCUUGGCCUCUUUUGUCUACAAGUUUCUGUAUUGCACAAGAACAAAAUUCUUCAGCAAUUUAUAUAUAUAUAUAUAUAUAUGUGUGUGUGUGUGUGUGUGUGUGUGUGUGUGUGUGUGUGUGUAACCAGUUUAUACAAAAAACAUGACAGCAUUUUAUGUGACCCUGAAGCGUCUCAUUAGAAUUAAAUAUUAUUAAAUAUUCGGAAAAAUUAUGAUAAGCGAAACUUCAGGAUAGCAUUAAGCUGUACCAGAUAUAUUGUACCAGUGUUAGUAAUCUAAAUAAAAUAAUGCUUUAUUUUGUGUUGA